AUGGAUGAUACUGUUGACAAGAUUAAUUGUACUGUGUUCAAAGUAAAAGAUGAUGGCAGUAAAGUUGCUUCUCCGAGAGAAGGCGUAGAACACAAUCCUGCUUUACUAACUUGUCGGCUUCUCACUGAUAAUAACCUUGAUGUUGAUCAAGAACAUGUACGAGAGCAAUCAGAUUCCUCAAAAUCUCCAGAGCCAUUAUUAGAAGAACAAGAAUCAACUGGAGAUAAACAAGUCAAUUUUCUUGUUGAAGUGAAUGUUAAUGAUAAUCACGGUACCGAAGAAAUGGAAGUUGAUGACGAAACGGAGAAAGUGGCAUCUGUCGACAGGAAUAAUGGUGCUAGUGCUGUUGCUAGAACAGAAAACGUAGGUGAAAUCGUGCCAGAAAAGAUUGUUGAAAUCACUCACGAUAAUUCUGAAAAAGGAAGUAAGCAAGUCGAUGAAAAAGCUUUUCGAAGUUCGAGGUAUGGUAUUCCUCCAGGCUGGAUGUAUCACGGGGAAAAUGGUGGUUAUCGCUAUUAUGUGGGCUGCGCUGGAGAGUUUUAUUCUUUACAUUCUGUGCUAAGCGGUCGGUUAGUUAUGCGCUUCUUUAAUUAUGGUUCUCGUGUGAAGUCGAACGUAUAUCGUCAGACACAAUCUUCGUUUGCCAUAUAUUCGAUAGACAGAGAUGGUUAUUGGUAUAUGCAAGAUAGUGGAGGGAAUUUUAUACCCUAUACGAAUUAUAAUUACAAUCGUGGAAUGCGUAGCUCAUUGUUUCCUCAUGAUAUGAAAGGACGAUUCAUCUUACCAACAAAUGCACGCGGUGAAAAGGCCUUUCCUGUAGAUAUCAAUAAUAUGCCAAUUUUUCCAUUCGAUCCAAUUACUCACUUGCCUACUUUUCCGGUGGAUGACAAUGGGCAGCCCGUAUUUCCGACUGGUGUACUUGGAAGACCUAUUGUACCUGUUGACACAAAUGGCUUAGCAAUAUUUCCUCGUGAUGCAAAUAAUCGGUUCAUAUUUCCAUCAGGGCCGAAUGGCAAGCCAAUAGCGCCUGUUAAUAUCUAUGGAGUACCAGUAAUGCCGUUAGAUGAACAUGGUAAACCAGUGGUGCCUUACGAUGCAAGUGGAAAGCCGCUCAUUCAUUUGGCUAGCGAUGGAAUAACUCCCCUUACUGAAGAAGAAUACCAGUAUUCCUUGCAAUGGAAUGAUUAUUUCAGUCGAUAUUAUAAAGGUGGCAUGGAACAAAAAUCGAAUGCGUCACAUCAGACUCUGACACAAUCAACAGUCAGUAGCACAUAUGAGCAGAGCGCAAGACAUAUGAAGAUGCUAAAAAAGGUUCGUCCUGAAGAUAUUGAUUUGCCUCCAACUGUUCCGCCUCCACCUACGACAUAUCCUCCCCAAAGUUUGAAUAUACCAAUCUUACCAUGUGAAGAUAUAGAAAAGAAAACAACAUCUGAUCCCGCUUUAAGAGCCAAGACUAAGAAGAUGAUUGAGAUGCAGCUGAAAUUUUCGCGCAAGAAGUUGCGUGAUAAUACUCAAACAUCGAUUCUGUAUGCAUCGGCGGAGGACACUCCCACUGAUGCUUUAUCAGUAUCUCUGCAAGCGGAUGGUAUUCAGAAAGAUGUAGAUAAAAGUGAAUCACAAGAAUUUUCACCACCGCUUCCAACAGCUACUUUACCCUCUGAUUCGCCUUUAUCUGUUGAACCCGAACAUAAUCUGAGAACUGAAGCAUCAAAUAUUGAUCUUUUUGCUGAUGAAAAGCAUUUGGGAGAUUAUUUGAAUGCGCAAAAAGUAGCAGGCGAUAUUACUACGAAUUCAGAAAUGAAGCAAGCUGCUACUGAACAAAUAAAGCUCUUGCCAAAUGCGUUAACCAAUGAUAUAAAUGCAUCUUAUGGAAUGAUGAACUCAGAAAAUCAGAAUCAGGUGUUCGUAGCCCUACCUAAGGAAUACGGGGGUGACUUGUGUGGUGAUAGUAAAACCGAAAAAGGAAUUGCAGAGAGUUCAAGCGAAUGGCUCUCGGAAUCAAAAGUCAUGAAUUUUGGUUCUGGAGUCGUGCCAGUUUCAUCUUCGACAGAUGUUAUAAGUGAAACAUACGUUUUAGAAAAAAAUGUGGAAGCUGCUGAAAGUUUUGAGGACAACGCUAGUGGCCAUAAGCUGGGAACAAAACCUUCUGAUGAGGAGAUUUUCGAAUCAAAAAAUGAAAAGGAAGCAUCUCAAAAACGAGAAGAUUUCUCUGAGCAUUCUUCUCGAUCUCAUGGAAAAAGUGUAGGGAAAAAAUCGCAUCGUGAUAAGCCGAAGCAAAGAGUAAAACAGAGAAGUGAUAGUGAACAUCGACAUUCAUUACACCAUCGUGUUUCGCAUCGUAGAAGUCGUUCGGGAGAAAAGCGACAUAGGAGUCCUGCUCGAAGUCGUACACCUCAUGAUUACUAUUGUCAUACCAGACAUUAUUCUCGGAAUCGAGAUCGGUUGCGCAAGCAUAGUUCUCGUUCUCGUCGCAGUUAUCGACGUUACUGGACUCCAGAUGUUGAUGACAAAUAUGCAAGUGAAAAUCAGCGCUCCUCAUCUAGAGAAAAGUCUUCAGAAUAUGGAAGGAGUACAAGUAGAGAAAAAACACCAACACCCGAGAAAUCGAGCAGAAGUUGUAGUUAUUAUGAAGACUCAAAGAGCAGAAGUAGUUCUAUUGUUAAUAUGCAGCAUUCAAUACGGUCACGAAUACCCUCAAGUUAUAGAACUUCAGAUAAUCGAAAUCGAAGCUCGAGCCGUCACACUUCUACAGGUCUCAUAAAAACUUUUUAG